CUUCCUGAUAGGAUGCAAUGUUCUCCCUGUCUCGAGCUUCCACUUGGGUUCUGUGUUGCAGAGGAAGAGCUGGGAACGGAAAAACCAUAUCGUUUACCCACCUCAGCUCCCCCAUGAGCCACUUAGACCUGUGGAGGUCCACCACUGCAGGAGGCAGAUCAAGUACAGCAAAGACAAAAUGUGGUACCUGGCGAAAGUGAUCCGGGGGAUGACCAUCGAUCAGGCUGUGGCCCAGAUGGAAUUUCACGACAAAAAGGGAGCCAAAGUUAUAAAAGAGGUUCUGUUGGAGGCUCAGGAGAUGGCAGUGAGGAACCACAACCUGGAGUUCAGGUCUAACCUGUAUGUAGCCAGGUCUUUCUCUGGGAAGGGUCAGUACCUGAAGAGGAUCCGCUAUCACGGGCGGGGGAUGUGUGGGGUGAUGGACAAGGUUUACUGCCAUUACUUUGUGCAGCUGGUGGAGGGCAAACCCCCUCCUGAGGCCCAGAGAACCGGCUUCGACCAGGCCAAAGAGUACGUGCAGGGGCUUCGAAACCGCACCAUCAUCCACGCUCUGUAGCCACGGUUCCUCCCCGCCUCGGGCCCCACCCUCCUGAGUGUGGCCCCACCCAUUUGUGGUCAGAAACCCGCCCCCUCGUGAACACAGACACACCCCCUCAGGAGUCUGGUCCCACGCUCUUGAGAGUGUGGCUCCACCCCCUCGUGACUGCGGCCCCACUCCCUUGCAAGCCACGCACCGCACCCUUGUUAGAGAGCUCCGCCUCCUCAUGGGUAUGGCCCCACCCCCUUGCAAUCAUAGCCCCACCCCUUGCAAUCAGCCCCACCCCUUGCAAUCAUGGCCCCGCCCCUCCAUGCACAGUGCUGGUUGGGAGGACGGCACCACCUGUGUUGAACCUUAGGAGUUUGUAAUAAAAUCUUUUCUUGUCAGCAA